UCAGAGCUGUGGGCUGGAUCUGAUUUCUCCACUUCCUUUCCAGCUCUGUCUUCCUGACUCUGAGAUCUGACAAUCCGUCCCUUUCACGGUUACAUCUCGUGGAUACGUGAUAUGCAUUGCAGUUCCUAAGCGGCUCCCUAUAUACUCUGCUGCAGGCUCCUUGAUCUUCUGACAUGGUUGGUCUCAUAGUCACUCCUGAGGUCUCCUUGGUGGAUGAACCAGUGAAGAUCCAAGCAUGGGGUCUACCUCCUCAGCAAGUCAUCACAAUAAGAGUAUGGCUGAAGGAUGAGAAAGGGGAGAUAUUUCACUCCAGAGCUUUCUACCAAACAGAUAUGGAAGGGAAGGUGGAUCUGGAGAAAUCUCCAGCCACUGGCGGAGACUUCCAUGGAGUCUGUCCUAUGGGCCUAUUCUGGGCUCUCAAGCCAGCUAAUCCAUUCUUAAGGUUGAUAAAACGUGAUGUCAUGAGAAGUCCUUUCUCUAUUCAUGUGGAUUUAUAUUCCUCAUUUGUGCUAAAUCCAGUUACUGAAGAUUCCCCUGCUGCCACCAAAGUCAUUGAAAGAUGGUAUGUGUCUCCAGGAGUCCAGAGAAUACUAAUAAGAGAAGGACGCAUACGAGGAGCACUUUUUCUCCCACCAGGUGAAGGGCCUUUUCCAGGAGUUAUUGACAUGUUUGGAGGCAUCGGUGGUCUGAUAGAGUUUCGUAGUGGCCUCCUGGCCAGCCGCGGUUUUGCCUCGCUUGCUCUGGCUUAUUUUGCUUAUGAUGAUUUACCUCGUUCACUUGAUCGAGUGGAUUUAAAAUAUUUUGAGGAAGCCGCUCAGUUGCUAUGGAGUCAUCCAAAAGUGUCAGGCGAUGGAAUUGGAGUGGUCGCUAUAUGCAAAGGAGCUGAGAUUGCUUUGGCCAUGGCAUCUUACCUGCCUCAGGUCGCUGCUACGGUAUGCAUCAAUGGAACCAAUGCUGUAAAUGGCAACAGCAUCAUUUAUGGCGAUCUCCUUCUGAAAGGCAUACCCUACAAUGUAGAAAGAAUUCUAAUCACAGAUUUCGGGUCUCUCAGCUUUAGCAAAGCUAUGAACAACCCAAGAAAACCAGAACACCAGGACUCUAUACUCCCCCUGGAGAAAGCCAGAGGUCCCAUCCUCUUUCUCGUAGGAGACAAAGACCAGAUUUACAACAGUUUGUUCUUUGCUCAGGAAGCAAAGGCCAGGGCAGAGAUGUACGGUAAGAAGGACGUGUACGUGCAGUGCUAUCCUGGAGCGGGACAUCUUCUAGAGCCUCCAGGGUCCCCUUUUUGUCCAGUAUCACAGUCCCCAUUCUUACCACUUCCUUUGACUUGGGGUGGAGAGCUCCUGCCACACUGCUCGGCACAGGAAACUAGUUGGAAAGAACUUCAGGAAUUUCUCCGUAGAAAAAUUAAAUGCGCCCGACGCAAUAAAUUAUGAUCAGUUGAAUCUAUUGGAGGGUCUACAUGACUAUCGUAAUUUCCAUUACCUAGAUUGGUUGACUCAAUAUGUAUAUCUGACAUAUGGUAAUUUUAUAAUUAUAUGUUAUUAAUAGGAUGUGGUAGAGACCCUCCAAUCUUUGUGCUUGAGUGGGGACAUACGAACAAGCCGUAGCUCUCACUCUGGUGGACUUGGACCAUCCAGCUAUUACAUAGAUAGAUGUUUACCUAUUUAUUAUUAAAUACUACAAUGAUUGCUAUGGAAGCUUUUAUAUUAAAUGUGUAUAUACAGUACAGA